UCCCAGGGUGGGUUUUUAAAAAUGUGUACAGUAACACUUUGGAAUCAGUGGUAUUUCUGCUUUACAUUUGCAGAAAUGAUAGUUGGGGGAGAUUAAGAAGCUGGGAUUCUAAUUUGGUUCUGCUUGCUUCCAAAGCCCUGUUGUGUUCAGAACUCUAAGCUGCCUCCGAGCUGUAAUCGCCACUUUUCUGCUUUAGAUACUAAUUAUAUGCUGAUGGUUCCAAAAUCUGUGUGUCCAUUCUAGAUUUUCCUCCUGGGUUCCUGACCCACUGAUUCAUUGGCUUCUCAGAAGUUUUCUCCUGGAUGCCACACAGAUUCUGAGACCAAAAAUAAGAUGAAAGAUUGGAAGACAAAGAUGGAAAUUUCUGAAGAAAAAGAUUCAGCAAGGGCUGUAUCAGAAAGACUCCAAAGACAGAUCUCCCAAGGAUGUGGGUUAGUUGAAACUGGUGAUCCUCAGGACAGGUUAUUGAGGUAUUGGGUAAGCCCCUUAGAGGAUGCAGUGGGAUAUCCCCCUUCCCAAGAGAGAGGUAUCAGGGAAGUGAAUCUGAUCCCCAAGAAAGCCAUUGCAGGAGAGAGAGUCCAUGGAUGUAAGGAAAGAGAAAAAAUACUUUCUGCAGGAGAAAGACCCCACAGAUAUGAAGUCUGUGGCCAGAGCUUCAAACAGAAGUCAGAAGUAACUGAACAUCAGAAAACUGGUAAUAUAAAGAAAACCUAUGAAUGUAAGGAAUGUGGAAAAAAUUUCAGUCGGAGCUCAAACCUGAUUGUACAUCAGAGAAUUCAUACAGGAAAGAAACCAUAUGUAUGUAGUGAAUGUGGAAAAGACUUUAAUCAAAGUUCAAAUCUUAUUAUACAUCAGAGAAUUCAUACAGGAAAGAAACCUUAUAUAUGUCAUGAAUGUGGAAAAGACUUCAAUCAGAGCUCUAACCUGGCCCGACAUAAGAGAAUACAUAAUGACGAGAAUCCCUAUGAAUGUAAAGACUGUGGAAAGGCCUUCAAGGGAAGCUCGAAACUUGUCCUGCACCAGAGAAUUCACAGUGGAGGGAAGCCAUAUGUAUGUAAUGAGUGUGGGAAGGCCUUCAAUCAAAGUUCAGAUCUUAUUAUCCAUCACAGAAUUCACACUGGGGAGAAACCCUAUGAAUGUUAUGAAUGUGGACAAACCUUCAGUCAGAGUUCACACCUUGUCACACAUCAGAGAAUUCAUACUGGAGAGAAACCCUUCAAGUGCAACACCUGUGAAAAGGCCUUCAGGCAGCGUUCACGCCUCACAGAACACCAGAGACUCCACAGUGGGGAGAGACCCCAUGAAUGUCACAAAUGUGGGAAAUCCUUCAGUGGGCGCACAGCCUUUCUUAAACAUCAGAGACUACAUACUGUAAAGGAACUUGAAUGUGAAAAAGCCUGCAAUUCUGACUUAGCUCUUAUCCAACAACAGAGAAUUCACAGGGAAGAAAAACCUUAUGAAUGUACUGAGUGUGGAAAAACCUUCCGGGGAAGUUCAGAUCUAAUUCGGCAUUGGAUAACUCACACUGGAGAGAAACCCUAUGAAUGUAAUGAAUGUGGGAAAGCCUUUAGCCAGAGGUCACACCUUGUUACACAUCAGAAAAUUCACACUGGAGAGAAACCCUAUCAGUGCAAUGAAUGUGGGAAAGCCUUCCGGCAGCGUUCACUCCUUGUCCAGCAUCAGAGAAUCCACAGUGGUGAGAAACCCUAUGAAUGUAAGGAAUGCGGAAAAGCCUUCAUCUGGCGCACGGCUUUUCUCAAACAUCAGAGACUUCAUACUGGAGAGAAACUUGUGGAAGUUGAGAAAACAUUUAGCAAGGAAGAGUUGCUUAGAGAAGAGCGGAGAAUUCGCCAAGAAGUGAAAGCUUAUCAGUGCAAUCAGUGUGGUAGAACUUUCCGAGGCAGCUCAGACCUCAUCCGACAUCAGGUAACUCAUUCAGGAGAGAAACAUGAAUGUAAAGAAUGUGGGAAAACUUUCAAUCAGAGCUCAGACCUUAUGAGACAUCACAGAAUUCAUAGUGGAGAAAAACCUUAUACGUGCAAUAAAUGUGGGAAAUCUUUCAGGGGCAGCUCAGAUCUCAUUAAACACCACCGUGUUCAUACUAGAGAGAAACCCUAUGAAUGCCCUGAAUGUGGGAAGGCCUUCAGUCAGAACUCACACCUUGUUAGUCACCAGAGAAUUCACACUGGAGAGAAACCCUUUGAAUGUAGCAACUGUGGGAAGGCCUUCAGUGGGCACACAGCUUUUCUUAAACAUCAGAAACUUCAUACUGGAAAGGAGCUUGGGGAACACAAGAGAGUCCACAAACAGGACUUAUUCUAAUAGGUAACAGAGACCUAAUGAACAUAGGAAAAGCCUGAUGGAGACCACAUCAUAUUGCACAAUAGAAGGUUUUUAUUGCUGAAAACUCUUUGAAGGUAGGAAAACAUUAGAAGAGCCUACUGGAUGGAAAACAUAUAAGUGUAAUGUGGGAAAGCUCUUGGACAUAAUCGCCUUUUUUCUGCCUCAGAGUUGACACUGGAGUAUGGUCCCCAGGAUAAAAUUAAUUAAGAAAGUUUUAGGGGACUUCCAUUGUUAAUAAAAUCAUUAGAAAUCACUUUGUCACCAACCCCCAAACUAGAUUCUUCAUGGAAGGAGCCAUUUCAAUCUCGACUACCUAGUCCAGUGACAAGUAUAAAUCUGUUUUAGGUACUUUAGAGUGAUUAAAUCUUUGUCUGGGAUGAGUUCUUCCCGUUAGAUAUAUAUUUUAUACAUAUUCCCCUUUUAUCUCCUUAUAAAAAUAUGCUUAUGCAUAUGUGAUAAUACUAAUUAGAAUGAUCCAUUAAUUCAGGGGUCCCCAACCUCCAGGCCAUGGACGGGUACUGGGCCGAGGCCUGUAAGGAACCAGACCGCACAGCAGGAGGUGAGCAUCAGGCGAGCGAUCGAAGCUUCAUCUGCUGCUCCCCAUCACUCGCAUUACCUCCUGAACCAUCCUCCUCACCCUCCACCCCUGAUCCAUGGAUAAACUGUUUUCCACGAAACCGGUCCCUGGUGCCAAGAAGGUUGGGGACCACCGCAUUAAUUUAGAGGAAACAAAAAAAUAAUAGAAAUGACUUGAAAACAGGAGAGCUGAAGGCCAGGACACAAGAACCAAGUGAGGUAUUCCCCAGAAAAAGAAUGGUGAUGAUUAGGAGUAUCAGGAAAUGAAAGAGCAAAGAAAGGACAGUGGGUGUUGGGAAUAGGACUAGACUGAGCACCAGGGAAGAGCAUUUAGGUGACCUGAGUUGCUGGGAAUUAGAAGAAAGCAACAACUGUGAAAGGUCAGGUGAUUACAGGAGAGUAGUUUUAUCUUGAACCAGGGCUUUGUAAUUAUUUGAGAACUGGAGAGUCUAAGUAGAACUCUGAAAGAGAUCAGUGGGGGUUGCCUUCAAGAUGGCAGAGAAGUAAGACGUGGAGAUCACCUUCCUCCCCACA